CCAUGCUUCUCUGGAACACUUUCUAAGGCCUUCCAGGCUUAUAAUCCUCACUCUGGCCCAAGUCAAACUCACCUUAUUUCUCUUAUCUAUAGAAUAUAUUAUUGAUUAUUGGUGUUGAUAGCAAGUAGAGAUAAUAAACAAUAAGCAUAAUAAAUCAGUAAAUUAUAUAGUGUAUUAGAAGAUGAUGUGUUAUACACAAGAAAAAGUAGCUCAAGGUAAGGGAGAUGGGGCAGGGUUAAAUUUAAGUAGACAGGAGAGGCCUCCUUGAUGAUAUUUGUGUGAAGACUUGAAGAAAUAGUGGAAGAGUGUGCUGAGCAGAAGGAACAGCCAGCAUGGCCACACACAAACAUUAACAUUAGGUUGUUUUGUAAAAUAGAUUUGUUACCUUAGUCAAAAAAAAACAGUGAAAGCCGCUGGUACAACACAGGUAUUAUUUCCGGUUUUACAGAGGCUCAGAAAGGUGAAGUGACUUGCCCAAGGUCAAAUAGCCAGCAGGCAAAUUGAAGCCCAAGUGUUUGCCUCACCAUCUCCUACUCUUUACAAUGCCUCCCAACCUAAAAGACGGCAUUUGAUUGAACUCUGCUCCUCCUCUGCUUCAAGCACAGGGACCUGCACCUCAGCUCCCUUGGGGAAGAUUCCAGAGAGAGUGUUGAAUGAAUCUCACCAGAUGGACGUUAUAUUUUCAGGGUCUGUUGAUGUCUCUGCCCAGUUCCUGGGUCCCACUGAGAACCCAGUGCUGCUCCAUCCUACCUUCAGACGCCAGCCCGUCCCUGCCCCCCAGCCCUGCUUAGAGUCCACAGAAGGCAUGACUAGAGGGUCAGAGAAGAGUGCACACCAACUACCUUUUAACGUUUUGAUAAAGAUUUGACAACAGCAUUUUGGAUGACUGCAAAUUUAUGUUUGGGGUAUAUAUCUACUUGUCUAACCAGUUCCUUAAUUUGUUCUAACUUUUCAUAUGUUAAAAAAUGCUACAACAGAUAUCCUUGUAGUUAAAUCUUAAUGCAAAUCUGUGAUUUUCUCACAAUGAAUUUUGGAAGGGCCAGGGGACGUUUUCCCACAGGAUGGCAUCCUCCACCCAACUACUGUGUAGCGGUUUGUUACGCCAGUGGUUCUGGGAUCCUCAAGUCAUACCUGGUUUCUCAUGGCUCUGUCUCCUACCCUACCUCUGUCUUCAUAGAUCUCUGCCUUCACCCAAGGGCUACAGAAAAUGACCAAGUCCCAGGGACCAGUAUCAUUCAAGGACGUGGCUGUGGAUUUCACCCGGGAGGAGUGGCAGUUUCUGGACCCUCCCCAGAGAGAUCUGUACAAGGAUGUGAUGCUGGAGAACUAUAUCAACCUCAUCUCAGUGGGAUUUCAGAGCACCAAGCCAGCUGUGGUCCACAAGUUGGAACAAGGAGAAGAACCCUGGAUAGUGGAGAGAAAAAUCCCAAGUUGGAGCUAUCCAGACGAAGUCUUGCAAGUUGAUGACCAUGUGGAGAGGCAGCAGGAGAACCCAAAAACUCUUUCGAGGCAUGUUGCAUUCACUGACCAGGAAACUGUGACUGAGGAGAAGGGUCACAAGUGUAAUGCACUUGGAAAUAUAUUUCCUCUGAGCACAGACUUUGUUUCUUCAAAACAAAGAUUCCAAAAACAUGACUCUGAUGGUAGGAGUUUGAACUAUUUAGACUCAUUUAGCAGUCAUAGAAGAUAUGAAAGAAAGAAUGAAUGUAGUGAAUGUGGGAAACCCUUCUUCCAGAGGUCAGACCUCAUUAUACACAAGAGAAUUCAUACAGGAGAAAAGCCCUUUGUAUGUACUGAGUGUGGGAAAGCCUUCAGGAAGAAAUCAAAUCUCAUUAUGCAUCUGAGAAUCCAUACUCGAGAGAAACCUUAUGAGUGUACUGAAUGUAGAAAAGCCUUCUCCCAUAAGUCACACCUCGUUGAACAUCAGAGAAUUCACACUGGGGAAAAGCCCUAUGAAUGUAAUGAAUGUGGGAAAGCCUUUUUCCAAAAAUCACACCUCAACAUUCACAAGAGAACUCAUACUGGAGAGAAACCCUUUGUGUGUGAAGAAUGUGGGAGAGCCUUCAGCAUGAAGUCGCAUCUCUUUGUACAUCAGAGAAUACACACAGGAGAGAAACCUUAUGUAUGCACCAAGUGUGAGAGAGCAUUCAGUAAAGUGUCAUGCCUUAUUAGACAUCAGAAAAUUCAUACUGGGGAGAAACCUUAUGAAUGUAAUGAAUGUAAAAAAACAUUUUCUGAGAAGUCUGACCUCAUUAUACAUCACAGAACUCACACAGGAGAAAAACCCUAUGAAUGCAAUCAUUGUGGGAAAGCCUUCAGACAUAGCUCGGCCUUUGGUCGACAUAAGAGGACGCAUAAGGAAAAAGUCCCUUAAAGAGAAACUAAUGUGGGCAUAUCUUCAACUAAAAAUUACAGUGACAGAAAGCCUUCAGUAGAAAUCAAACUUUAUUAUGUAUCAAAAAGUCUAAGGAGAAGCCCGUUAAUUCAAAGUAUUUAGAAAAGUAUGUAGCUAUGUUUCUGUGGAAAUCAUAUCCAGAUGUAAUGCCAAAGUAUUUCUAGGAGAUAUUACAAAAAGUACACCUCCCUGCUAAAGGAUAAAUGCUCACUGUGGACUAUAAAGGCUUCUGAAAUUUUAAUAAACAUACUACUCAGAACAAAAUUUAAAAACCAUAGAUGAAUAAUCCUCAAAAUAUGAAAGCAUUAUAUUCCUAGUUGUACUACAUUAUGUUAUGCACCACACAACAUAAAUCAUAUGUGUUGGAAUUGCAUAUGUGAAGCUAACAUAAUUAUGAAUAUAAAAUAUGUAUUAUAUAUACAAUGUCAUCUACCAAAAUUUUCCACAUUAAAAUCAUUUUUUAUUUUAUUAGAUUAUGAAUUAUAACAAAAAAUAUGACAUUCAAUAAGAA